GCUCUGACGCAGCCGCCGCCCGGCGCACGUGCGUCCUCCUGGCUGGGGUCCGGGUUGCGGCCGAGAUGGACGCCUUGGAUCGGGUUGUAAAACCCAAAACAAAAAGGGCCAAACGAUUUCUUGAAAAGAGAGAACCAAAACUCAGUGAAAAUAUUAAAAAUGCCAUGCUGAUUAAAGGGGGAAACGCAAAUGCCACUGUGAUGCAAGUCCUCAGAGAUAUGUAUGCACUGAAGAAGCCAUAUGGGGUUCUGUAUAAAAAGAAAAAUAUUACAAGACCAUUUGAGGAUCAGACAUCACUGGAAUUCUUCUCAAAGAAGUCAGAUUGCUCUUUAUUCAUGUUUGGUUCUCAUAAUAAGAAACGUCCAAAUAAUCUAGUAAUAGGUCGUAUGUAUGACUACCAUGUGCUGGAUAUGAUUGAAUUAGGCAUUGAGAAAUUUGUGUCUCUAAAAGAUAUUAAGAAUAGUAAGUGUCCUGAGGGAACAAAACCCUUGUUAAUAUUUGCUGGUGAUGAUUUUGAUGUAACAGAAGACUAUAGAAGACUAAAAAAUCUUCUUAUUGAUUUUUUCAGAGGCCCCACAGUACCAAAUGUUCGACUGGCUGGGUUGGAGUAUGUCCUGCACUUCACUGCAUUGAACGGGAAAGUUUACUUCCGAAGCUAUAAGUUGCUGUUGAAGAAGUCUGGUUGCAGGACACCACGGAUUGAGUUGGAGGAGAUGGGACCUUCCUUGGAUCUGGUUCUUAGGAGGACACACCUAGCAUCAGAUGACUUGUACAAGUUAUCUAUGAAAAUGCCUAAAGCUCUCAAGCCAAAGAAGAAGAAGAACAUCUCUCAGGAUACUUUUGGUACAACUUAUGGACGAAUCCACAUGCAGAAGCAAGACCUGAGCAAAUUACAAACGAGGAAAAUGAAGGGAUUAAAGAAGCGGCCUGCGGAGAAGACAGAAGACAAGGAGACGUCUAAGAGAAUUAAAAAAAAUUAAUGAGGGGAGGGCAGGUGCGGUGGCCCACGCCUUUAAUCUCAGCACUCAGGAGGCAGAGGUAGGAGGAUCGCUGUGUGUUUGAGGCCAGCCUGAGACUACAGAGUUAAAUCCAGGUCAGCCUGGGUUAUAGCAAGACCCCUACCUGGAAAAAAAAAAAUGGAGCUUAGCUAACAAUUGCAGUUUUAUUGUGGUCUGUUUACAUGAGGGAAUUGCUGAUCUGUAAAUUACUUAUAGGAUCUUACUUUUUUUGUUUGUGCUUUUUAAGGUGGGGCUGGCUGUUAAGAUAGGGUAUACAACAUUGUAACCCAGGCUGGUCUAGGAUUCACUAGCCCACAGUGACUUCAAUUUUGGAAGAAUCCUCCUGCAUCAGCUUUCGAAGUGCUAGUAGUACAGGAGUGUGCCACAGCCAGGUUAUAUGUCAUAAUGUAAUUUAUCACGUAUUGUUAUGGAUGAUAGUGAACUAGUAUUUAGUUUAAAGCAGCAUUUUGACUGCUGUGUUGAAUCUUUGCACUGUUUUCUUCAUGAUGGGAUCCUCCUUGCCAGGGGGGUGUCACCUCCUCUUCAUUGGAUGACUGAGAGUGGGGGACUUCCACAACAA